UCUGUAUUGGCCACACUCAGAAUAACCUUCAUUGCACAGAGGGAUUAAAUCCUGACAGAACCGAAGUGAAGGUUUCACCCAAACCUCCUCAUUCCACAGCGUCCCGGACUGGUUUGGGUCAGAAUGGACCUUAAAGCCCAACCAGUGCCACCCCGUCCACCUCAGGAGCAGCUCUGACAUGAGCGGGGCCAGCUGUCCCAGCACGUUAAUGAUGUUAAGUGGCGAACUGGGGCUCCUGAGUUCCUCUAAUGACUGUUAAUCACGGCUGGGUAAUUACCGCCCGUGCAGGCGCUCGGGGCGGGACUCGAACCCGCGGCCUGCAGCGUCCCCUCAGCCCGGCCCGCCGCGUGACGCCACGCGCCGCGUGCGCGCGUCUCGGCCAAUCAGCGGCCGCCGGCGGAUUCGAACGGCGGCGCGGCGGCAGCGGCCGUUACGCGCGCGGCGGGGCCGCCAGGGGGCGCUGCGCUCCCCGCGGAGGGGCCGCCAUGGCCGGACCGGGACCGGGGCCGGGGCCGUACCGCGCCACCAGGCUGUGGAACGAGGUGACCCGGUUCUUCCGAGCGGGGAUGCCCGUGCGGCGGCACCGGCAGCGGCUGCGCUCGCACGGCAGCUGCUUCACGGCGGCCGAGGCUGCGGACUGGCUGCACCGCGCCCUCCGCGCCAGCAGCAGCUUCGGGCCCGACGUCACCCGGCAGCAAACGGUGCAGCUGCUGCGCAAAUUCCUCAAAAACCACGUCAUUGAGGACAUCAAGGGCCGCUGGGGAACCGAGGAGCUGGAGGACAACGGUGCCCUGUACAGAUUUCCUCCAACAUCUCCAGUCAAACCCCUACCAAGCCCACCAAGGGGGAACUUGGAAAACUCUGGAGACAAAGGAAAUCUUUUCAAACUGCCCAGUUCAUCCAAGAGGGCUUUGAAAAAACAGAACUUCCUGCAGUCUCUGGAAAACUUACCAAGACCAAAACCUGAUGGAACAGAAGAAAAGAAGGAGGAAACACUGCAAAGGAGGGAAAUAAGCCAGGAAUAUGUGCAAGAAACAUGGAGAAAUGUCAUCCGGGUGCAUUUGCAAACCCUUCUGGGGCUGCCCUCGCUGGAGGAGGUUCUGCAGCCAGCCCAGAUCAUCCCCGAGUUUGUGGUGUACAACAUGAGCAACACCAGCAGGCACGGCGUGGUGAUCCUGCAGGACAGAGCAGAGGACCUCCCUCACUGGGUGCUGUCAGCCAUGAAGUGCUUGGCCUACUGGCCCAGGAACAAUGACAUGAGCCAAGCCACCUACAGUGGCUUUGAGCGGGACGUGUUCCGAACAGUUGCUGAUUAUUUUCUCAGUCUCCCUGAGCCGUUGCUCACUUUUGAAUACUAUGAGCUCUUUGUUAAUGUCUUAGUUAUAUGUGGCUACAUCCAAAUUCCUGAUCUGGGCAGUGGGAAACGUUCUGUCCAAGAGGAGAAAGGUGACCCUCAGCCUUCAAAAGCUCCUCACUUGAACUCUUUCAAGUCCACUGAGUGUCUUCUCCUGAGCCUGCUCCUCAAAGAGCCUGACCAGAAGGAGAAGGAAGCUUCCAGAAGGUUUUCCUCAGAAGAGCUGAGAGCCCAAAACCAACAUGGAAAGAAGUGGCAGCAGCGCAAACUGCCACGACAGCAAGGGAGUGCUGGGACCCUGAUGGGAGGGAGCUGCCAGAACCUUGCAGGAUUCAGGGAUGACCAGGAGCCACCUGCAGCAUUUAGGACAAGGUGUUACUCCUUGGAAAGAAUCGGAGCUGCUGCUUCGAGUAAUAAAGGAGGAUGUGCCCCCCUUGGGGGAGGUGGUGUGAGCAGCACCGCGAGAAGUGGAGAACGCCUGGAGGAGCACAGAGGGACCUCAGAGCUGGAGCUGGGCUGGGAUGGCUCAGGUCAAAGCCAGAGGCACCUCAGGAGAGGACCUGCCCCAUCCCCUGGGGGUGAGGGGCUGAGGAGGGACAGCCACGGCUCCCUGAGCCUGCUGGGCAGGAGCCGCUCCGGGAGCUGCAGCGCCAUCCACAGACCCAGCGCUGAGAUCACCGUGCAGCCCUGGCCCCGGGGGCAGGGAGCAGCCAGCCCCUCUGUGGCCAUCAGCGUCCAGAAGAGGCUCUGCAGGAGCAGCACCAGCCCCUCUGUGGCCAUCAGCGUCCAGAGGAGGCUCUGCAGGAGCAGCACCAGCCCCUCUGUGGCCAUCAGCGGCCAGAGGAGGCUCUGCAGGAGCAGCACCAGCCCCUCUGUGGCCAUCAGCGGCCAGAGGAGGCUCUGCAGGAGCAGCACCAGCCCCUCUGUGGCCAUCAGCGGCCAGAAGAGGCUCUGCAGGAGCAGCACCAGCCCCUCUGUGGCCAUCAGCGGCCAGAGGAGGCUCUGCAGGAGCAGCACGGAGCUGUCACAGCGCCCUGUGCCCCCCUCCCCUUGUGUGCUGGCUGGCACAAAUCUGGUGCAGCCUCACCUGGAGAGGGUGGCAGUGGAGGCCCUGCAGAUCUGCUGCGUGCUGCUGCCGCCCGCGCGCCGCCGGCGCCUGCAGCUGCUGCUGCGCAUGAUGGCCAGGAUCAGCUGCAACGUGGACAUGCCCCGGCUGCACGAGGCCAUGGGCACCAGGAGCCUGCUGAUCCAGACGUUUUCCCGCUGUGUGCUGCGCUGUGCAGAGGAGGAGGACCUGGACGAGCUGCUCUCCACACGCCUGCUCUCCUUCCUGAUGGACCAUCAGCAGGAAAUAUUCCAGGUCCCAACUUACCUGCAGGCUGCCGUGUGGGAUCACCUCGAGUACAUGAAGAUGGCUCAGUGCAAUCAGGAAACAGAAGACAUUUGUGCCAUCCUGCCAACGUAUUCCUACUGCAAACAAAUCACUCCCCAGGAGUUUGAAGAACAAAAGGUCUCCACCUCGCAGGCUGCAGUGGCAGAGCUCCUGGAGAACAUCAUCAAGGAUAAGAACCUCUCUGUGAAGGACAAAAAGAAAAAGUUAAAACAGUUCCAGCGGGAGCACCCCCAGAUCUACGCGAGCAGGUUCCCCACCACGGGCUCGGAGGCGCUGCUCCUGGACAGCAAACCCACCCUCAAACAGCCCAUGCUGAGCCUCAGGAAAGCCAAAUUCCGCAGCCUCAGGUACUGAUCCCACCCCUGAGCUGUUCCUCCCCCUGGAACCUGGGCGUUCACCAGAGGAGCUGCUGCAGGGUUUGGUGCUGGCUGCGCUGGAGAAAGAGGAAAUGUUUACAUGGACGCUGUGCUGGAAGGUGCCAAAAUACCUUUUUUUUGUUGUGCAGAUACUUUGGAAUAACUUCUAAAAAAUAUAUAUUUAUCUGUUUACAAAAUAUUACAGUAUAUUGGAAUAGGAAAAUGUGAAACUACACAAAAAGCUGUUGUUAACCAAAAAUUUAUAUAUGUUUUUUUAAGGGAAACUAAUGACCGGACUGUUGUUGUAACCUCUAAAUGUCUCAUCAGGAAUUUGUGCCAUUUAUUGUAGUUUUUACAUGCGUGUGUGUGUUUUGACUAAGUGCCUUUUUCUGUUCCCAAAAUGUUUGUCUUUAAACAAAGGAGCUUCUAUGAGUUCAGGACCAGGAGAGCCAGUUCAUCAUAAAUAAAUGAUUAUCUCACUCCAUAAAUGUUUCUGUUCAUAUCAUCUGUAAACCCCUCAUCAGCUUUUUGAUAUUUAUUUAUAUUAAAAAACGUGAAGUGUA